UCCACGAAAUUUGAAAUGAAUGUCACUGAGAUGUUUGUGAAGAGGAUUUUGAACCAAGGCACUGAUUAAACAGAUAUAACGUCUUGAAAUAGUGCUAUAUUUCUUAAAUACCACGAACACGAAGGUUGACCUAACACUCGGUGGAAGCAUCUUCGUACCAAAUUUAUGUCUGGAUCCAUGGAGAGUAUGGAUUUCAAUGCAAAUUGUGAUUUCUUCACUUUGGCAGAAGAAAAGUUCGAUUUUGACGUUUCAUUAUCGCCUGCCAGUUUUAAGGGCGAUGAAGACGAGGACGAGGUUUUUGUAGGCCCCAUCAGUCACAAGGAGAGGGGUAUUACAGUGGGACUGGAGACCAGAUGUAAGGACAGUGUCAGCAACGGGGAUCUGUCGGUGGGAGAGGAGCAGAGCUGGAGCCCCCUCACUGGGGAGAAAUUUGAAGAGAUCUGCAAGGAAGCUCAGCAACUAGCCUGUGAGCUGGAAGGCAACCAGCCGCACCCAAACAAUGGUGGUACUAAGGGUUCACCCACAGAUGACAAAGACAAGAACAAAUCGGAAGACUUUGUGCAGGACACAGGGUCUAAGCUGGGGAUAUUCAGCAAGCCAACCAGUGGGGUCCUCAGCCCCGUUAAAAGGGAAACCUUCUGUGUGCAGGACAGUCCCAUGAAGCAGCUCCCUGCUGCCUUCCAGAAGCGUCUGCUUAGAGCUAACGGGCAUGCUAUCUCCGGAGGUGUGGCCUGUGCUGCUAAGGCACGAGUUGGCUCUGUUAGCACCUCUAGCCCUGUGAGGGGGCCCAAGUCUCAGACACAGCCCAAGAUGGUACUCAGAGGCAGGGCCAGUUUGGCCGGCACCAGAGGGGUACUCCCCAGCAAACCAGCUGCUCCAAUCGGGACCAUUCAGACGAGACCAGCACCAGAAAAGACUACAAGGCUCCCUCCUCCACGCAAAAGUACCUUAGGAUCCAAGCGCAGCCUUGCCAGUUGUGACUCCAGCAGGAUGGGCUCCAGCAGGGUGGGCUCCAGCGAGGACCUGCUCUCAGACACAGCGAGCGUGGCCUCCGACGUCAGCGACUCCUCCCUCAACUCCAGCCUGCAAGGAAGGAGGAGUCUUGCUCCCCCCAAGAAGGCUGGACCUCGAGUCCUGGCUGGGACCAAAGGCCCACCUCCUCAGAACAGGAGAGGGCCAGAGGGGAAGAGGAACACUUCCUCCUCCUCUUCCUCAGUGUCCAGCUUCAACUCCAGCCUGUCUGUGUCUCCCACUGGGAAAGCUAAACUCAACUCGUCUCUGAACACGAGUGUGGGGGGCCCCAGUGGGCUCAUCCGCACCAGCGUGAGUCGACUGGCCAAUCCGGGCGCGGGCGCCAAACCCCGCUUACUCAGCAGCCGAGCCCCCGAAGCCCCGCCCCCUCCCAGAUCCUCCGCUGCGGGAGGACGACGCUCGAUCUCCGCCCAGGGGAGGAGGCCCUCUGAGGUGGUCCGGUCCACCCCCAUCAAGAGACCCGAGGCUGGGCACUCUGUUGGAGCAUCCACCCCCGUCUUCCAGACCCCUGCCAAGAGAGCCAUGGAGAGGACCUCUUCUGUACCCAACAUUCCCUCCUCGUCCUCUGCCAAGCCGGAGAGUGUGGUGAGGGCCAACUCCAAACUCAAACUCUUUUUGGCCCCCACACCCACCAGCCAGCUUAAAGGGUUACGUAUGUCUGAAGCGGUCUCGUCCCCUGAGGCUUCUCGGAUAAUGAGGCCAAAGACGCUGGUGUCUGCCUGCAGCAUGGACAGCCUCCCUCCUCUUUCCCAGCCUGCUGCCCCAGUCCCAGAACCCCCCCAGACGCCCUCUACUGGUGGUAACAAGACACUGCAGUUUAAGAUGAGGCAACCCUCUGCCCUGGCCACUCCCAUGAACCGGCGGGUGUCUGGCAUCCCAAUGAUGACCCCCAAGAGUGUGUCGAGGCUGGGGAGGCCCUCCCUGACAGGGGCCAAACUUACUGCCUCCAGUCAUUGGAGUCCAGUGCAAUUGAAGGAGACCAGGCAGCAGCAGCAGCAGGAAGUGGUGGAGACAGGAGUCCCAGAAGAGGAGCCUGCCUGCCCUGCCGAUGAGGCCCAGGUCCCACUCUUCUUCCUUGGGAACGAGCCGGAAGCACAGCCCCCUCCCGCGGUCCCCCAGGCAGAAACACAGGAGACACCCUCCACUGUCAGUGAGGUUAAUCAGGACCCAGCAGAGCCCAGCAACGAGGACCAGCAGGAGGGUCCCAAUGCCAGAGAGGAAAGCCAGACACCUGAAGUGAAGGAAGAUCUUCUUCAGCCCAGUGGGGUCGAACGACAAGAAACAAACGAAGUGCUGCUGGUGGAUGCUCCGGUUCCUGUGUUGAGGCUACAGGAGAAGCUGCUCAUUGACCUGUCCAACACUCCUGAACUGACCAGGACUGCAUCCACCAAGUCCUCUGGUGGACAGUUGAUUGACCUGACCUCUCCGCUCAUCAAAUGGAGUCCGGAGACAGGAAAGGAAAAUCACAUCAACGACGCCCCAUUGAUUAACUUGUCGUUUUAAGCAGAUACGUUACGGUUAUGUACAAGGAUUCAGAAGAAGCCUAGUCUGUGUGUCUUUAACAAAAGUGGAAAUCAAUACAUGUUCAGUAAAAGAAAAAUGUUUUAAAUCAAGUUAAUUUACCUUUUUUAGGUAUCUGAAUAUGGUCCUACUGCUUUCUGUGUGACAGUCUUGCUGCUUUGUAUUUUCUUUAGUGUCUAAAUAAAU